UCAAUCUAACAAUGAAACACACCACACCACACCACACCAUCACCAAGAACGAAAUGGCAGAAUCCAUCCCCAAGAGGUAUGCAAUGGUCACAGGAGCCAACAAAGGAAUCGGACUCGAGAUCUGCAGGCUGUUAGCUUCUAAAGGAAUCACUGUCAUAUGCACAUCCAGGAACAAGGACAGAGGCAUGCAAGCUCUACAAAGGCUAAAACAGGAAUCUAACCUGUCUGACGACUGCCUUGUUUUUCAUCAGCUAGAUGUUGUCGACUCGGCCAGCAUUGCUUCACUUGCUGACUUCAUAAAAAAUGAAUACGGACGCCUUGAUAUAUUGGUGAACAAUGCAGGUCUUACUGGACUAGCCAUAGAAGGUGAUGUUCUAGUUCUUCAGAAGCAACUCGAAAAAGUAAUAGCUGCCAUUUUUGCAAGUGAAGAGGAUGAAGCAGAUGAGGUCGAAACAAAUGGGAAGACAACAGAGACAUUGGAGGGUGCAGAAGACGGCAUACAAACAAAACCAGAUCAGGAAAAAAUAAAUGGGAGGAUUACACAGAGCUUGGAGGAUGCAGAAGAGUGCAUAAACACGAAUUUCUACGGUGUGAAGAGAGUUACAGAAGCUUUACUUCCACUCCUACAGUUAUCCAACUCGCCUAGGAUCGUCAAUGUGACAUCUUCGAUGGGAAACAUAAAGCUUUUGCGCAAUAAAUGGGCUAAACAAGUGUUGAGGGACGAAGAGUACCUGACAGAGGAGAAAGUGGAUCAAGUGGUUGGAGAAUUCCUGAAGAACUUCAAAGAAGGAACUCUGAGAAUCAAUCAAUGGCCAACUGAGAUUGCAGCAUAUAAAGUGUCGAAAGCAUCUAUGAAUGCAUACACAAGAAUUAUGGCGAAGAAGUACCCAACUUUCAGCAUCAACUGCGUGUGCCCCGGAUUUGCUAGAACUGAUUUUACCCACAAUCUUGGAUCAAUUAGUGCUGCUGAGGCUGCUGAAGGUCCAGUGGCGCUGGCACUAGCGCCAGAUGGAGGGCCCUCAGGGUCGUUCUUCUACAUGCAUCAGAUGAUGCCUUUCUGAUGGAUGUAAAGCAUCAAGCCUGUCCCUGCUCUAUAAAGAAAGGUGUCAUUUAUAUAGUUAAAUUAGAAGGAAUGAAUAAGAAGAGUGAUAUAGAGGCUCUUACUUGAUGCCGUGUAACUGACCUCAUAUGGUGCUGUUUUUUUGGGUGGGAAAUUAUAUUACAAUCUACA